AUGUCUACUCGAUCUGCAUCAGGAUCAAAAACAAGCACCGCCUCACCAUCAAGUUCUAAUGCGUUUAAUGUAUCUCGUGCUGAAGAAAAAGAACAAUUAGAAACACUGAAUGAUCGCUUGGCUGUCUAUAUUGAUACAGUACGUCGUUUAGAACACGAUAAUAAAGAAUUAAAGAGUAUCAUUUCAUCAUAUACUGAUACAUAUGAAGUUCAAACAUCAAAAGUAAAGCAAUUAUAUGAAGGUGAACUUGAUGGUGCAAAACAGUUAAUUGAAGAACUCGCACGAGAUAAAUCACGUUUAGAAAUAGAUGCUGAAAAAUUUGGCGCUGAAGCAAAAGACGCGUUAACAAAGCUUGCUCGUAAAGAACGCGAAUUACGUUUGUCUGAAACUCGUAUUAAACAAUGUGAAACAGAAAUCACAGAUUUAAAAACACGCAAUGAAGCACUUGUUCUUGAUAAUAAUCGAAAAACAGAUGAUAAUGCAAUUUUACGUGGUAAUAGUGGUGAUCUUGUAAAACAAGUGAAUACAUUGAAACGGCAACUGGAAUCUGAAACACUUUUACGUAUUGAUCUAGAAAAUAAAAAUAAAACAUUACGUGAAGAACUUCAUUUUAAUAAACAAGUUCAUGAAACGUCUAUGGAUGAAAUUCGUCGACAAAAACGUGUUGAAAUAAAAUCAUAUGAUGAUGGUUUACGUCAACAAUAUGAUGAUCGUUUACUACAUGAAUUACAAGCGUUACGUAUGCAAACUGAUCAACAAAUGCAAACAAUACGUGAUGAAAUAGCUGAACAAUAUGAACAAAAACUUGAAGAUUUAAAAAGUACGAUUCGUCGGAAUGCUGAUCAGUUUGGUUCAUACAGAUCUGAUGUUGUGUCAUAUCGUGAUCGUAUUGAAGAUUUGACUAAAGCUCGUGAUAUGUUAAAUGAUAAAGUUGUAAGUCUUGAGCAACGUUGCCGUGAUCUAGAAGAUCGUCUGCAUCGUUCACAACAACGACAAGAUGAAUUGUUAGCUGAACGUGAAGAUGAAUUGCAACGUUUAAAACAACAGAUUGAACAGAUGCAAAGUGAUUAUCAAAAUUUACUCGAUAUUAAAAUAGGUCUUGAUAGAGAAAUUGCAACAUAUAGGAAAUUACUUGAAUCAGAAGAAGAUCGUCUCAAUAUAUCGGGUAUUCGUAUUGGUGGUGAUGGUGAAAAUGCAUCUUCUGGUCGUGCUAAUGUAACAACCGCAACAAAUAGAACAUGUGAAAAUAGUUCAUAUCCAUCGCGUAAACGACCACGCCAUGAUCUCGACGAACGAUCAUCAAUAAGAACUCAACUACUUGAUGGUAUUAAUAUAAUUGAUGAUGAUAGUACGCAUGCAAAAUAUAUUAAAUUAAUUAAUAACUCAAAUCAAGACAUUUCUUUCAAUGGAUGGAUACUCAAACGUAAAGUUGGUUCACAAUCAUACGAAUUUAAAUUUCCUAGAGGAAUGAUUUUAAAAGUUGGUGCUACGACGACCAUUUGGAGUUCAGAUGUCAAUGAUAUAGCAGUUGAUCCACCAACAAAUUUGAAAUUACGCACAACUAAAUGGUUUACGGUUGGCAGUGAAAGUAAAAAGACGACUUUAGAAGAUUCUGAAGGACACAUCAUUGCGGAGAAAACAGUUACUAUGAAAUAA